CUCGCGACAGUUUGGAAUCCAGGUUGGAAAUUGUGGUAGGCGGCAGCUGGAGGCCCAGCUUUGCGAAGGAGAAUUAGGGGGUUGACAGGCACGUCGGCUGUCCUCCAGCGGCGGUGGGGCCCGAGACGACUAGGUGGGGGCCUCCCUGUCAGCCUGCACAACGCCUUCUGGCUCUGCCGCUGCUUCGGACGCUACCAAUCCUUCUCCCUGGACCGCACCAGGCUGCACCUUUGAUCCCUCUCUCCCCGUGGUGUCGGGAGUCUAGGGAGGGAUGUACAGAGGGACAGCGGGAGGUGGUGUUGGCCGCGGUUCGCCGGCUCGCUACCUCCUCGCUGCGUCCCAGAGCCACCUGGCUUCCAGGCCCCACCCCCUGGCCAGAUGGAUUGCUCUGCCCCGAACUCCGGCGCGGAAACCGCCGGCAAAGACAUAUGGUAUCCAGGAGAAAGAUGCCUUGUCCCUUCUCCAGAUAAUGAAAAACUUUGUGAAGCAAGCAUAAAAUCCAUCACAGUGGAUGAAAAUGGGAAGUCAUUUGCAGUCAUCUUAUAUUCAGAUUUUCAAGAAAGGAAAGUACCUCUUAAAAGACUUCAAGAAAUAAAACCUGUUAAAGAUUGUUCUAGAAAUUUCAUAUUUGAUGACGAAGAUUUAGAAAAACCUUAUUUCCCAGACCGAAAAUUUCCGUCAUCUGCUGUUGCUUUUCGGUUAUCUGAAAAUGGAGACUCUAUUCCUUAUACUAUUAACAGGUAUUUGAGAGACUAUCAAAGGGAAGGAGCCCAGUUUCUUUAUGGACACUUCAUCCAAGGAAGAGGAUGUAUUCUUGGUGAUGAUAUGGGACUUGGAAAGACAGUACAGGUUAUUUCAUUUUUGGCUGCAGUUUUGCAUAAAAAGGGAACUCGUGAGGAUAUUGAAAAUAACAUGCCCGAGUUUUUACUAAGAAGUCUGAAAAAGGAACCUCCUCCUUCAGUAGCAAAAAAGAUGUUCUUAAUAGUCGCUCCUCUAUCCGUCCUCUACAACUGGAGGGAUGAAUUGGACACCUGGGGAUAUUUCAGAGUCACCAUUUUACAUGGUAAUAAAAAAGAUGAUGAACUGAUUCGUGUAAAGCAGAGGAAAUGUGAAAUUGCUCUAACAACUUAUGAAACGUUGCGCUUAUGUCUGGAUGAACUUAACAGUUUAGAAUGGUCAGCUGUCAUUGUGGAUGAAGCUCAUAGAAUCAAGAAUCCAAAGGCUAGAGUAACAGAAGUUAUGAAAGCUUUAAAAUGCAAUGUUCGUAUCGGCCUCACUGGCACCAUUCUUCAGAACAACAUGAAAGAACUGUGGUGUGUUAUGGACUGGGCUGUACCAGGACUUUUAGGUAGCAGGAUCCACUUCAAGAAGCAGUUUUCCGAUCCAGUAGAACAUGGUCAGAGACACACUGCAACAAAAAGAGAACUAGCUACUGGCCGAAAGGCCAUGCGAAGGCUUGCGACAAAGAUGGCUGGAUGGUUUCUCAGGCGUACCAAGACUCUCAUCAAAAAUCAGUUGCCUAAGAAGGAAGACCGGAUGGUGUAUUGUUCUCUAACAGAUUUUCAGAAAGCUGUCUACCAAACAGUGUUAGAGACGGAAGAUGUGACUUUGAUACUUCAGUCUUCUGAGCCUUGUACUUGCAGGAGUGGCCGAAAAAGGAGAAAUUGUUGUUAUAAGACUAAUUCACAUGGUGAAACAGUGAAAACGCUGUACUUCAGUUACCUUGCAGUCCUUCAGAAGGUAGCUAACCACGUCUCGCUACUGCAGGCUGCUAGCACCUCCAAACAGCAGGAAACACUCAUCAAAAGGAUAUGUGAUCAGGUGUUUUCCAGAUUCCCAGAUUUUGUGCACAAAAGCAAAGAUGCAGCCUUUGAAACACUUUCUGAUCCGAAAUAUAGUGGAAAAAUGAAGGUCCUUCAGCAGCUUUUAAGUCAUUGCAGGAAAAAUAGAGAUAAAGUUCUUCUUUUUUCCUUCUCCACCAAGUUGCUGGACGUGCUGCAGCAGUACUGUAUGGCGUCUGGGCUUGACUACCGGCGACUUGAUGGAAGUACAAAAUCAGAGGAAAGAAUCAAGAUCGUGAAAGAGUUCAACAGUACACAAGAUGUUAACAUUUGCCUUGUCUCCACAAUGGCCGGUGGACUAGGCCUCAAUUUUAUUGGUGCCAAUGUUGUUGUAUUAUUUGAUCCUACUUGGAAUCCAGCCAAUGAUCUUCAAGCCAUCGACAGAAUACCCAUCAUUCAGAACCACCAGAUAUCAAGCAGAAUGAAGUCCUACAACUACAAAUUAAAGAGGAAACCACAUCAAGACAGAGCAUACAGGAUUGGGCAGUGCAGGGAUGUCAAAGUGUUUAGGCUGAUAUCUUUGGGAACUGUGGAGGAGAUCAUGUACUUACGACAGGUGUACAAGCAGCAACUUCACUGUGUGGUGGUUGGAAGUGAAAAUGCCAAGCGAUAUUUUGAAGCAGUUCAAGGAUCAAAAGAACAUCGAGGAGAGCUUUUUGGGGUCUCUAAUCUCUUCAAACUACGGUCCCAAGGGUCUUGUCUUACAAAGGAUAUCCUAGAGAGAGAAGGCCAAGUGGAAGCGGGGGUCAUGACAGCCAGAACAUGGUUAAAAGAGGAACCUCAAGUACACAAACUAGAAAGACCUGGAGAGCCUGACUAUCAAGAACACAGAGGGCCAGAGCAACCUGCAUGUGGUCUAUGUGGUGAUUUUAGUGAUGAUGAAUCAGUGGAAAACUCAAGAAUAAAGUCCACUAAAAACAAAGCAUCUGACUCAAGUAAAGCUUCGGGUUCUCCAGGGCAGCUUACCUUACUCCAGUGUGGUUUCUCUAAAUUGCUUGAGACAAAAUAUAAAGCAGUUGAUGAUAAUGAUGAAAAUAUUGCAUCUGAUGAUAAAAGUUCUGAUGAACAGCGCUCAUGCCUUUCGACAGAAGCCAAAGAUGUUGGUUGUCAGAAAAGUCAAGUCUCUCUUAGUACUUCAAAACAUCAGAAAUUAGCCAACAUCCUAAAUCCAAAUGAAAAAGAUAUUUUUGAUAAAAGUGAAAAGAGUUUAGAACAGACUAUUUCUUCUGAGUCUGAUGAUAGUGAAGAUUCUAAAAAUACAACUGACCACCAUUGCAAUUUACAGAAUAUCACAGAAUCAGAAGAUAGUGAUGUCAUCUUUCCUACACAAUAUACAACUCAGAAAUUCCCUAAGAAUAGUGUAAGGCUUAAAACAGCCAAGGAUAAAUUUGAAGAUUCUGAAACAGAAAGCCCCGUAAAAAUAGCAAAUAACGGUGAUGAUACAAAGAGCAAUGUCAGAGAAAGUGGACUAAUUUCAAAACAAUUAAAUCCUGUAAACCUGAAAUCUAUUAUGAAAAGAAAAGGUAGUAGUGAUAUUAGUGAUGAGUCUGAUGACAUUGAAAUUUCCUCUAGGUCAAGCGUAAGAAAACAAAGAGCUACUAAGUCUUUGAGGUUUAAGAGAAAAAAGGAAAAUAAAAGAGAACUUUACACUUUUCCUAAAACAAUGAAGAAAGAAAACCAACUGUAUACAACAGAUGAAGAUUGUAAUUCUAUUGAUGAUUUUACAUCUUCAGAUGACGAUUUUUCUGUUAGCCACAUCAGUUUCUCUAAACAGAGACAUAGAGCAAAAACUUCAAAAGAUAGAAUUGGUUUCUCUACAAAAUUUCCUAGCCAUAAGAAAAAUAGCACUUUUGUACCAAGAACACCAAUGAAAUUUUCAAAUGAAAGCACUGUCAAUCAAGAGCAGAUGUAUGAAUCAAUGGAUAAAUUUUUAGAUGGUGUCCAGGAAGUGGCUUACAUUCACUCAAACCAGAACGUGAUUGGAUCAAGCAAAGCUGAAAAUCACAUGAGCCGAUGGGCAGCACGUGACGUAUUUGAAUUGAAGCAGUUUUCCCAGCUUCCUGCUAACAUAGCUGUUUGCAUUUCUGAGACACAUAAAGACAAGAUGAAGACGGAUACAUCAACACAUAUAAAGAAUGGCCAUCCGCCAAGUGAAGAAGGCAUUUCAUUUCCCCUUUGCAUUUCACAUCCUGUGAGCCAGAAGAAGAAGAAAGUUUACCGAACAGACCAGACCACCUUCAUCAUUGGGGAAACACCAAAAGGGAUUCGUAGGAGGGUCACUGCCAGGGAGGCACAGCCAAAUGAAUGUGUUUGAUGUUGGAGUGGUUGUUGCAGCAGAGAGAAAACAGAAUUGCUCCCAACUUUCUGUCUUGAGCAACAGAUUGGACUUACUGAAUGGAGAAAACUAGAAGAAAAACAAGUUUGGAGUUUAAAAAAAUUAAGAGUUCUCUUUUGCUCAUAUUAAAUUUGAGGUUCUGUGAAAAUGUUGAAUAGACAAUGGAUGAGCUACCCUGGGAUCUGGGGACUAGGAUCUAAAUCUGGAAGUCAUCUGCACAGAGAUUAUAAAUGGUGUUUUGAGCCAUGGGACUGUGUGAACAGCCUAGGAACACAGCACAGAAAAGAGAGGAAAAGCCCCAGGACUGAGCCUGGAGGCACAGUGUAAGGUUCUGAAGUAUGAGAAAAGUGAAUUUCAAAAAGGAGGCGGCUCUUGACUCUAUCAAAUUCUGUGGGAAAGUGCCCACUGGAGUGGGCAGCAGAGAACUCAUUGGCUGCUUCGACCUGAGCAGUCUUAGUAGACAGAUGCUGGGGUGAAGUGGGCAAACGGUGAAUAGGCAGGGCCUGCCAUAGCUCUUUGAGUUCAGAUAUGAAAAGCAGCAGUAACCGGGUGGGAUUGUGGGACCAAGAGUAGGUUGUUGUUGUUCUUUUGUUUUUUUAAAGAUUUUAUUUAUUUAUCUUUAAAGACGAAGGGAAGGAGAGAAGGAGAGAAAUAUCAAUGUAUGGUUGCCUCUUGUGAGUCCCCUGCUGGGAACUGGCCUGCAACCCAGGCACGUGCCCUGACUGGGAAUUGAACCGCGAUCAUGUGGUUCUCAGGCCCACGCUCAAUCCACUGAGCUACACCAGCCAGGGCCGUUGUUGUUUUUAAGUUGUCGAGAUAAUAGAACCUGUUUAUGUAUUGAGGGAACAGGCUAAGGCGGAGUGGGGCUGGGGAAGUGGAGAUCAUGCCAGAGUGAACGAAAAGAGUGAAGUGCUAGAGGCAGCAGAGGGUCCUAUCCAGACCACUGGCCAAUUUCCGGCCUUUGAGAAGCAUUGAAAGAAAAGAGAUGAUGACAGGCACAGAUAUAGUGAUAUUUCGUCAGUUAAAUGAGAUUUAAACUCACCAAUUCAGAGGGAGAUAGGUUUAGGCAGAGGGAAGUUGUGAAAUAAGUCAUUUUUAAAGUAGGGAAGCAAGCCUAGUGGGACUAGAAUUCUUGGGUAAUAUUAAGCCCUUGUUUGAGAGCAGUUCCAAUAAAACUAUCUGCGCAGUCAUGCAUACUUCAUUCAGCAAGCUUCAAUUGCUUAGUCGUAAACACAGAAUAGAGAGAUGGCUAGGUUUUGCUAGGGGUUAGUAUGGCAAGAGAGAGAAGCAAGGUAGCUGAAAGGUGUUUGCAAAAGAGUGAUUAUAAAAUUGAAUAUAAGCUCUACCAGGGGGUAAUGAGAAAGCAGAAAAGUCAGUGAAUUGAAGCACUUGAUUUCAGCGUUGUUGUCAUGGGGGUUCACAGUUGAGCUGGAGCACGAGAUGACUGAGUCAGUGAUAUAGAGGUAGUACAGUUAAUGGUAGUGGGUGGCAGUAUAUGACCUUGGGAAAAGGGGCCUGGCAUGGGAUUGAGUCUUUGGAGGUAAGCUAAAGAAAUUGGUGGGCCAGGUGUCAGGUAGGACAUCCACAUGGAUUUUGAUGAUAAUUGUCAAGAAUGAUGGUAGGACCCCUGACUGGCAUGGUCAGUUGCUUGAGUGUUGUCCCUCAAAGUGAAAGGUCUGGGUUUUGAUUCCUGGUCAAAACCCAGGGCACAUGCCUGGGUUGCAGGACCAGUCCCUGGUUGGGGUCGUGCAGUAGGCAACCAAUCAUUGUUUUUCUCCCUCCCUUCCCCUCUCUCAAGUAAAUUAAUUAAUUAACAAAAAAAGAAUGAUAACAGGAGAUGAAUAGAAGCAACAUUAAUCCAGGAUCAGUUACUAGCAGGAAAAAACUAAGGAGUCAGUUAACAAAAUGCAGGAGAAAAUGGUUCAGCUGGUUAGCAUUAAUCUUAUAAAGGGAAAGGAGUUUUUAAGAAAACAAUGCCCUGGAAGCAGCAAUAUGAAGCAUGAACCCUGAGGUUGUGAGGUGUGAGCCUUGAUUUGCAAAUACAACAUGGGAAGAAGGCAGUAUCACAAGGCAACAGAGGGACCAUUCAGCAUAGGAGACAGGGGAAUUGGUAGAUCAUAGCCUGGUUCCACAGGUGCCGAAGAAUGGUCUGGAAGGUGGAGUAUUGGAUUAGUUCAAGGAUGUAAAGAGUAGGAGGAGAUGAGAGGCCAGUGGUUACGGUAAACAAGGAAUAGGACUGAGGUAAACAAUGAUGGAAGACAUGAUUGAAUUGGUCCUCAUGGCAUCUGGGGAUGAGUGAGAAAGUGCUGGUGCUCUGUGGAUUCCAAAUGCUUCCCUCAGGGAUUUGGCAACUUCCAGUCCUUACCUGUCCCAGGAAGGCUGGUCCCUCAGCUCCUUAGCUGCUGGUGUGGCGGGUUGGCUGUCAGUUGCCCACCUUUGCCCAGGAAGGUGAACUCCCCACACAAUUGCAGCAAUGCAUCUCCUCAAACAUUCACAACAAUGCUUUUUGCACUUUGGGCAGUGAUUUUGCUAGGAGGCUGACCAUCUAUGUUUUAUCAUUUUUGUGGAGCACAUUGUCUUCAUCCCCCUUAAUUUGUUUAUAAAAAACCUAAAAUAUUAACAAUGAAUAGUUUUUGCCUCUUUUCCUUUUUUCUCUACCCAGCCUAGGGAAUAAAUGCCUUAUGCUAAGUAAAAAAGACAAAGGGGGUCUUUCUAAUAUUAUUAGCAUUAAUAUUGGCAUUUCUAGUUAAUAUUGGCAUUCUAGUACUAGAAUGCCAAUGUUUGAACCAGGCAAUAAUAUCCAAACUUUCUUACUAACCAUCCUACCUUUGUGAGAAUCAGGACUGGUCCAUGCUACAGCCCAGUGGAUCAUCUGAAUGAAGUGUUUGGCCUACCUUUCCUUCAGAAAGCUUAGGCAGAGAAGAGAUGAUGGUUUUAGCUGUGUUCUAUCCCUAUUGCCCCAAUUCGUCAAGAAAAAGGGGAGAGAAAUUUUAAUUUAUCCAUGAUAUAUACCAGUCCGGAAAUACUUGCUGAAAGAUACCUAUUUUUGGUUUCCUUUCUUUUUCUAAGUGGUACUCAAGUGUCUACACUAGUUUACUAAAUUUUCCUACCCACUGGUUAUACCUCAC